UUCACCUUAAAAUUUAAAUUGAAUUGUGAAUUCGAAGUCUGGGUGGAUGUGCUUCCUUUAUGGAUUUGAAUACAGAAAAUAGAUUUUCGAGAUCAUCUCUUCAAGUUUCAUUAAAUUAGGUUCAACCCACUUUAUCUUCAGAGGAUUUCACCUGAUAGCAUGAGGAUAAACUAUGAACCAUGAAAGCCAACAGCAAGGAAGUUUACUCUACCCAGUUCGAUCUACAGGAGAACAGAAUGAAUUACACAAAUACGGAUGACAACUCCAUCACUAAAAUUAAGAGCUCCGGGUUCACAAUCGAUGAUGAUGGCCUUUACGAUCCUAGUGAUGAUUUGACACAGCUUCACUGGCUUGCGAGCUUUAUAGAGGAGCCUUCACUAGGAAUGGUACCAAAACCACCGAUUUCUCCUCGUUUUGGAGCAGAAACUAAGGAUAUACAUGGUGUAGUACAGAUUUCUGAUGAAUUUAGAAACUCAAGUGGCAUUUCAGCAUUGGAAAGCAUCUCUUGUUCUCCCGAUGUGACUGCUCCAGGAAAGGUAACAGUCCCGUUUAGCAAUUGGGAUUCCUGGAGUCCUCCCCUUGCUAAUUCCAAUCCAGUUUCGGAGCAUUGUCCAAACACUUUUAGCAAUUGGGAUUCCAGGAGUCCUCCCCUUGCUAAUUCCAAUCCAGUUUCGGAGCAUUGUCCAAACACUUCUGUCUCUGCUAAUGCUGCUGUCUCCUCUUAUUCAGAUUUCUUGAGUUCUGAGCAAGCAAAAUCCCAAUCCUCAAACAGACUUUCUGAGACAGACCAGGAGAUUGAAGCAAAAUGGGAGGAUGCGACAAAGGUCAUCAAUUGCAUGAACUGUGACACACAGAAAACCCUUCACUGGAUAGAUGAACCAAAGACACACUGUGUUGCUUGCCAUACAAAGUAUAAUAUGUCUGUAGGCCAUCUACAUCACUUCGUCUCGGAGGAAAAAAAAUGCCACUUUUCAAACAAGAUUUUCAAUAGAAGUCAGGGGAUCAAAAAGAAGGAACAAGGUAAGCUACAGGUCGUAAAAUGCAUGCACUGUGGCACCCAGAAAACUCCACAAUGGAGAGGUGGACCAAUGGGUCCUAAGACACUUUGCAAUGCCUGCGGCGUGAGAUAUGGGUGUGGAAAACUCGUACCAGAAUAUAGACCUAAAUUUAGGUCUAGAAAAUUUGUACUGGAAUAUAGACCUAGACCUUCUGCAAGUCCUACAUUUUCAGUUGAAAAGCACUCCAACUCCCAUAAGAAGAUCUUGGAAAUGAUCGGUCAAAAGGAUCUUACAUCACAAGCCUUUGAGGCAAAACAAACAUGUUCUGGUUCUGAAGUACAAGCUUCCUACAUGAAAUCGUCACAAGAAGUAUUGGAAAACUGUCCAAACUCUUCUCUCCUUGCUAAUACUGCAGUAUGUGGUGUUUCAGAUUACUUAGUUUUCAAGCAGACAAAAUAUGAUUCCUUAAAAGAAAUCCCAAAGUCGAAGCGGGGGAUUAUUAGAAAGGGGCGGGCUGCAAUGAAUUGUAAAGCUGGAUCAAUGGAUUGUAAGACACCAUGCAACACCAGUGAUGUAAAAUCUGGAAGAAAUUCGCCAGAGUACAGACCUGUUCCAAGUCCUACAUUUUUGGAUGGUAGACACUCUCACUCCCACAAGUUGGUCUUGGAAGAGAAGGCUCAAAAGGAACUUGUCCAUCAGGAAGAACAAACACAUAUUGCUUCCGAAUUACAGAAUUCAUGUGCUGAACCACCACAAAAUGUAUUGGAGAAUCAACCAAAAUCUUUUCUCUCAAAUGAUGCUUCAGUCUGUAGUGGUUCUGAUCACUUUGUUUCUAAGCAAGUGAACUCUGAUCCCUUGGAAAAGAUUCAAAAGACAAACAAGGGGAUCAUUAGAAAGGUGCAGAAGGCAAUGAAGUCCAGGAAAUGCAUGCACUGCAGCAUUAAAAAAUCCCCAAAAUGGAGAGAUGGACCAAUGGGUCCUAAGACAUUAUGCAAUGCCUGUGGGGUGAGAUACAGGUUUGGAAGACUUCUGCCAGAAUACAGACCUGCUGCUAGUCCUACAUUUCAAGCCAGUAAACACUCAAACUCCCACAAAAAGGUGUUGGAAAUCAGGAGUCGAAAGGAAUGGCAGCCCAACCUUCAUAGACCAAAUUAACACAUUUUGGUUUCCAAAUACAGCCUUCUUAUAUUCACAAAGGGCUGGCACUAUUAAUUGUUGAGGAAAUGAGACAUUCAAAUUUCAUCUCAGGCAUGUGGCUUUUGAGUAAGUAGGAAUUUUUUAUUAUUUGUAUGGCUUCGAAAUGCAGGAGGUUACUCAGUGAAAUCCUUUUUACAAAUUUGUGAAUCUGAUUCUCAGGUGGUCGUGACUUUACUGAAUGAGCAUCAAUUAGAUGAGGUUAGCUGGCAUUUGGCUGUGCUGAUUAGGCAUAUUCUUGGUUGUGUAGGUCUUUGGAAUCUGCUAUUUUUCGCCACAUUCCCAGGGAAUGGAAUGGCGUGGUUGAUUGCCUGGCCAAAUGAGCUUCUGAUCAUGGGCAAGGCUGGAAUAUUGUGGACAAGGGGCAAUUAUCCCCUGAUAUGUCUCAAUUGUUGGACCACUUAGUGGAUACUGACAGAGCUGUGUAAUUCUUUCUCUGUUGGGCUUGUGGCCCUUUCUUCUUUGUAUCUCUUUCUUUGUUCUAA